AUGUCGCAGCAGUACUCGUACGGCGGCGGAGGUUCAGGCGGCUACCCGCCCCCGCCUCCCCAGAUGCAGCAACCAGGCUCGUACGCCCAGGGAAACUACCAAGGUCAACCUCAGGGCGCCCAGGAUCAGUACUACAACGGCCAGCAGCCGCAAGGAAAUGCUCCUCAACAGUACUACGGUGGUGACCACAAACAGCCCCUCAAACCCGAAGGCUUCGAAGGCCAACGUCUCGAACCCAAACCCAAGUUCCGCGAUCCCAUCUUUCUCGUCCUCUUCCUCGCCGUCUUUGGCGGCUUCAUCGCUCUUUCCGUCAUCUGUCUUCGCGGCUAUUCCAACUCCAAUAUCAACGAAUCCAUCGGUCAAGGCAAUGUAGCUGGUAACACGCUCAACGGCCAGACCGCCAUCAUGUUCAUGAUCUGCUGCGCUGUUGCCCUCGUCUUGUCCUUCAUCUACAUCUUGCUCGUUCGAACCUUCCCCAAAUUCAUCCUCGAGGCUACCCUGCUCUUGACCACGCUCGCCAACGUCGCUUUCUGUGUCUACCUCUGGGUCCGAGGCAACACCGCUGCCGCCAUCAUCUUCACCAUCUUUGCCGUGUUCAGCGUCAUCGCCUACUUUUUCAUGCGCAAACGUAUCCCGCUCGCAAAGCUCAUCCUCGUCACCGUCAUUCGCACUGCUGAGCAGUACAAGAGCGUCUACGUCGUUGCUCUCGGCGGUCUGAUCGUCGAAACCGCAUUCAGCGCUUGGACCAGUUGGGUGGUGGUCGCCACCUACCAGCGUUUCGAGCCCUCAGGUCAGGCAGCAGGUAGCAGCUCCAGCAACGCUUCUGUCAUCGGCUUGAUGGUCUUCAUCGUCUUCUCCUACUACUGGAUCUCCGAAGUCAUCAAGAACGUCGCCUUCACGACCGUCGCCGGUAUCUUUGGUGUCGCCUACUACAACGCCAACAAGGUCGCCCACGCUGCUUGGGGCGCUUUGCGUCGAUCCAUGACCUACAGCUUGGGUUCCAUCUGCUUUGGCUCGCUCAUCGUGGCCAUUCUCGACAUGCUGCGUGCCCUGUUCAAUCUGCUCCAAAGUCAGGCUGCUUCAGAUGGCGAUUUGACCGGUCAGAUUCUUGCUUGCGUCGCAGGCUGCUGUGUCGCUUGCAUUCAGGGGCUCGUCGAAUACUUCAACCGCUACGCCUACAUCAACAUCGCCCUUUACGGAAACGGCUACAUUGCAGCUGCCAAGGAAACCUGGUCUCUCCUCAAGGACCGAGGUAUCGAUGCACUCAUCAACGACAGCCUCGUCAACAUCGUCUUCAACUGCGGCGCCUUCAUCGUUGGACUGCUCACGGCGCUCUUCGCCUUCAUCUACGAGCAAAAGACCAACCCGCAGUACCUUCAGAACGACUCGGGUUACUACUCCAUCAUCUUGUUGGUCGCCUUCGGUCUCGGCUUCAACAUCGCUCUCAGUGUCGGAUCAGGAAGCAUCGCCAGCGGUGUCAGCACGUACUUUGUGGCUUUGGCCGAGGAUCCGUAUGUGCUGCAAGGAAAGAACCCGGAGCUGUUCGAGAUGAUCCGUCAACAGUAUCCUCGCGUCGUUCAGGGCGUCGGUCACUAA